CCAAUCGGCAAAUCUCCAUUCCCAAAUCCUUCUUCGCGAAGCUUCCCGAAGGCUUCCAAUGGCAGCGGCGCCGCCGCCCCAGCCUCCUCCGGUCGCCGUCGACGAUUUCUACGAUGACGACGGCUUCGACUGGGAGGCCGCCGUGCGGGAGAUCGACGAGGCCUGCGCCCGAGCGUCGGCCUCCGCCUCCUUCUCAGCCCCCGCCCCCGCCCCCGCGCAGGUGCAUCAUCCGCUGCCGCCGCGGCCCCCGGAGCCCUCGCCGACAGCACCGCUUCACCGGCCACCAGCGGCGGCGGCGGGCGGCGGCGCGGGGCGGCAGUCGACCCUCGACCGCUUCGUCGACUCCUUCACCAAGAGGCGGCAGGAGAAAGAGAGGCCCGCGCCCGCGCCCGCUUCAGCUCCCGCGCCGCCGCCGCCGUCGGGCGUGGAGCCUGGUGGCGACGGCUUGGGUCGGCCAGGUGUCCUCGCGGGCGAGGGGUACUCGCGGCAGGCGGCCGAGAAGGCCGUGGAGGACCGCUUCGUCGAGUCCUUCACCAGGAGGCAGCGGGAGAAGGAGAGGGCUGCGCCGGCGGCACCGGCUGGUGGCCGGAAGCGCCCUGCGGCCCGCACUAAGAAGGGAUGCUCGCGGCGGGCCAAUGUGGAGGUCGAGCUCGCCCCCUGCGCCGUGGCCCUGGACCAAGAGGCGGUGCAGACGUGGAUCUAUCCAACUAAUGUACAAGUCCGAGACUACCAGAAAUAUAUGGUUGAAAAGGCUCUAUUUACUAAUUCAUUAAUAGCUUUGCCAACUGGACUUGGCAAAACUUUUAUUGCUGCGGUAGUGAUGUACAACUACUUUCGAUGGUUCCCCGAAGGGAAAAUAAUAUUUGCUGCCCCUUCGCGUCCUCUUGUUGCCCAGCAAAUUGAGGCAUGUUACAAUACAGUGGGAAUACCACAGGAGUGUACAAUAGAUUUGAGAGGGAAUCGAAACCCUUCCAGUCGAUCAAUUUUCUGGAAGUCAAAGAGAGUGUUCUUUGUCACUCCACAAAUUCUUCAGAAUGAUAUAAAAUCUGGUAUAUGCAUGGUAAAGCAAAUAGUUUGCUUGGUGAUAGAUGAAGCCCAUCGUGCCUCAGGAAAUUUUGCUUACUGCACUGCUAUCCGAGAGUUGCUGGCAGCUCAUGUCCCUUUAAGGAUUUUAGCUCUAACUGCCACACCAGGAUCCAAGCAUGCAGGUAUUCAAAGUGUUAUAAACAAUUUAUGCAUUUCGGAGUUGAUUUAUUGCGAUGAAGAGGAUUCUUUAGUGAAGCAAUAUGUUAACACGCGCAAAGUUAAAGUUGUGAAGGUCCCUUUGGGAAGCAAUGCAACUCAAGUCGAUGGUAUGCUUUUGGAUAUUAUGCGCCCACAUCUUAAUCGGCUGCGUGAUUCUGGUGUGAUUGAUCAUCGUGAUUAUGCAAAAUGGACCCCAUUUGAACUUCUGAAAUAUAAGGAAAAAUUCAUGGAAGCACCCCCACCAAACAUCCGUGAAGUGGAGAGAGGGGAAAUCACAAGGUCUUUUGUAGCUCUUGGCUCACUUUUACACAUCAGGAAGUUGCUUUCGAGCCAUGGAAUCCAACAAGCGCGUCAGUUUCUUGAAAGGAAGUUGAAUAAAGGGUCAUUAAAUUUGAUGCGCAAGAAUGAACUCUUCUGGCAAAUAAAAGAAAAGAUGAGGCUUACCUCGUCUCAAGGUUCGACUCCAAAAAUACAGGUGUUGAUAAAGCAGAUGGUUGAUUACUUCGAUAAGACUGACUCGAAGGACUCGAGGAUUAUUAUAUUUUCCCAUUUCCGGGGAAGUGUCAAUGAAAUAUAUUGCUCACUACAAAAUAUUGAUGAUAAACGUAUCAGACCUGUUGAAUUCAUUGGUCAAAGCUCGGCAGGUAAACAAUUGAAGGGGCAAACCCAAAAAACUCAACAAACUAUUCUGCAGAAAUUUCGAUCUGGGGUAUAUAAUGUUUUGGUGGCAACAUCCAUUGGUGAGGAAGGACUAGAUAUUAUUGAGGUUGAUCUCGUGAUCUGUUUUGAUGCCAAUGUCUCACCACUAAGGAUGAUUCAACGGAUGGGAAGAACUGGGAGAAAGCAUGAUGGACAAGUUGUGGUUUUGGCUUGUGAAGGACAGGAGUUGAGUGGGUACUCAAAGAAACAAAAAGAUAGUCAAACCAUGAGGAAGCUAUUGCGUAACAGUGAGAGAUUUGAAUACCAUGCUAGUCCUAGGAUGGUUCCACAUGUCUAUAAACCAGAAGCUAAGUAUGUUAAAUUGACAAUAGACAAGUAUAUUCCUUCCUUAAAUAAAAUGAGGAUUGCUGUAAAAGAAGCAUCACCAACUCCGUGGAAGAUGUCAGAGGUAGAUAGUCAAUUGAUUUCUCGGUAUUUUGGUGGUUGCAAAGAUGUAUGGAGGCCGUCCCUUAUUGCAUUUCCUAGAUUCCAGCUUUAUCCAAGUGUUGUUCACAAAGUUCCGCAUUCUUUCCGGACAACAGAUAUGCUUACUGAUGCUAUGCAACAACUUCAAGAUCCAUCUUUUUUUAGGCCAAAGUGCGAAAGCCCUUUGCAAGAACCAGCUGAUGUUGGAGCUGUGAAGGGUCAGGAAGAGGAAGGCCUCCAUGCUAUUAAUGGAAAUGAGGCAAUGCCUCAGGAAUGUGAUGGCUUGGAAACCUCAUCCAGAGAAGUAGUGUGGAAUCAAGGUGUUUCUGUGCCAGGUUCUCCAGUUCAGAAGUAUCCUAUUCACUCUUUCUUCAGUGGUGAUUAUGUAACUGUGGAUAGAGGAGGCAAUGUUUCAAUUACCUUUGUACCUGUCCCGCCUCGGACAUCUGCAUUGCAUAAGGACAGAAAGAAUGCAGAUUGCCAUCAUAAAGACCAGAGCAAGGCCACACCUCACAGAUCAGCAGCAGACAUCAGUUGGACAACAGUUGAGUUUGUUCGCCCUGUUGCUAACUCAGGCAAACAUAUGUUUGUGAAUAAUUUAUCAAGUUCAGCCAUGUGUUCCCCCAAGUAUGCUGGGCCCUGCGACAAUGUUGAUGACAAUCAUGUGCUUACACCUCUUCCUCCUAAAACAUUGACAAGCCCGAGGGAAAAUUUGGACACUACCUGCAACAUUGAACUGCCGCAGUCCACCAGUUCAUAUCAGGAAGAUAUGGAGCUUAGUCCCAGGUUAACACUAUAUAUGGAAGAAGGAAUUGUUCCUGAGUCUCCAGUUGUUGAAGUUAGCCACUUGCAUCUCGAGAUAGAAGGAGCUGCGAACGUUGGAUUAGUGCCAAAGCGUGCUGCUCCAGAGUCAUUCAGUGUGGGAGGUCGCACCAAUUUAGCUGGAUGUAAAAAAGGGCCACUGGAUUUUGAGAAAAAUGGUCAAUGGCUUUCUGUUGUGACUGAGCCUGGUGUCUCAGCAACUCAGAAUGUGCUAAAUCGUACUCGAGCAAAAACAGAAGAGCCAAUGCAACCUUCAAAUGUGAAAAUAUGUACUCCUACCAAACAUACUCCUACUGUGAAUCUGCUGCAUGAUAGUUUCUCAGGUGAUUGUCUCCUUAGGUCUGGAGGGGAUGCAUCAGGGUCAGUUCAGCAAGCUCCUAAGUACAGAAGACUAUGCAAAUACGGUGACAAGGUCAAAAGAGUCUCCAUCUCUUUUGAUGCCUGUCAUGAUGUAUUUGAAAAAUGCGAUAUUCCUGCUAGAGCUAUGUCAAACAAAACAGAGCAUGCUACAGGGAAAAAAGGGAAGGCCAAGAGGCAGCUGGAUACCUAUAUUGAUGAGGAAGUCGAAGUGUCUGAAGAUGCUGAUGUUUCGGAGGAUGAGGAUGAUAAUCAGAGUGAAGAUAAAUAUGAAGAUAGCUUCAUUGAUGAUCAGGCAACUCCAACCGGCGAACUUACCCAAACUGAACAAGGCGGACGAAACCGUGGUGACAUGAUGGGUUUCUAUAGGCAAUCACUGCUUACUCAGUCCCCAGUAGUUGUACCCUCAAGAUACCUUGAUGUCUCUGACAAUUCUGCUUCUAGGACUGGAAAUGCAAGCUGCUCUUCAGAGGUUGGGCAUAAUUCUAUUGAGACUCCAAAAGAGCUCCAAACACAUACCAUGACCCCAAGUCCAUCGUACCAACAAAGUUUACUGGGAAGAGCCAGUUUUGUACAGGAUCAAUGUGAGACAACUAUGACCAAUUGUGAAUCAUCAACUAAAUUGGAUUGCAGAAAGAGAAAGCUAAGCUUCCUGCAGCCCGCCGCGAUCCCUGUAAUAAACCUCGAACCCGAACCAACAACUGAAGCAUCCUCCCACUUUGCCACUGGAGUCACUGAUGACAAUUAUUACGAUGAUGGUUUCUUUGAGAACCUUGAUCUUGACGCAAUUGAAGCAGAAGCAACCGCACUGUGGAGGCAAAAGACUACACAGUCGACACAGAAACCAGUGGAAACUAAGAAAGCGUCAGAGCUUAGCUUUGCACCUCCAUCAUUUGACCUCGGUUUCUGAUACCUCGGGUAAAGUGAACAUCCUUUUAGGAUGCCAUCUGGCUACUUGAUCAUCUGGGAGCAUGUCGGGAACUGUGUGAGGCAAUGAGCUUAUCACUCGGGAGCAUUUCUGCAAAGGUUUGAAGCUGCAUCACAUGAUAAUAUCACAGGAUCUGGCAUGCUGCUGUUAAUAUCUAGCUGUGUUAUUUAUGGGCGUGCUGGAAGAUCAGUGGGAGGUGGAUUUUGUGUAUAUAUAUAUUAUAUAAUACAUACACACUGGUGCUAGAAGUGUAUUAUCCCAGUACAGAAUUAUAUAUAUACCAUGUAUAGUCUCUCU